AUGAAGUUUCCAAUUGAAUCUGAUAAUAAACUUACCCUAUGCAAUGCUUUAGCACAAACAUCAAAGUUUAAUAAAUAUUUAGCAGCAUUAGAUUUAAAAAUAAUGUCUAUGACUGAUGCCAAUAGGAGAUCUGAAAUAUUUACUCUUUCACAACCUGGGGGGCAUCCAAGAAACUGGAAUAAUUUAUUAGAAAAAUGUAUGAGCAUAAUCAAUGCGUUUAAUAAAGAAUUGGAUAUUAUAAAUGGUGAUGGAAGUGCUGGUGAACCUGAUAGUUCAUAUAGCAUUGAACUAAAAAACAUAGAAACUCAUGGAUCUUCACUUACUUCAUCAUUAUAUUCAAGUCCUCUUAGGAAUAUGGCAAAAUCACCCCAACUAUUUGUAUUGAAAGAUCACAAUAGAAAUAAAACUGAUGACACCUUCAGUAAUGCUGUGAAAGAAGAGUUUAAUAAUUUUAUUCAGAGACUUUGCCAAAAGCCAGGUAUAAGUUAUUUCUUUGGUGAGCUAACAGACACAAGAUUAAAAUUUUUAUUAAUUCAGUCGCAACCCCUCAUUUGGACUUGUGAAGGCUUGGCCACAAUUGUAGCAGCUUCAUUAAAAGAAGAUAAAUAUGGUAUUGUACAAAGUGAUUUGCCAGCGGUUAUAACAGCCUUAAUUAAUUUAAAACAAAAACUGGAUAAGUUGAUUAAACCUGGUCUUGUACCUCGAAAGCAUUUUGUAAAUGAUGGAUUUGCUUUGAGACUUAGAUCUGCUCUUAUAUCAUCUGUGAAAAGAAGUUUGUAUAAAAUUGUAAUUACAUUCUCAAAGUUUAUUCAUGAGAUACCGUUAGAACAUGAGAUUCAAAUGGCAAUACAACCCUUCUUGUUUUGUAAAGAAUGUUAA